AGCCUGUUAUUGCGCUCUCGGAUCUUGCGAGCCAGAGGACAACAGAUAUCAAAUGUUGCAACUUCCCAGCGCCUUUUGAAAAAGAAAGGUAGUCGUAAUUGGAAGUGAGUGCUCAUAGAAGUGGAACUUUUUUUAUCAGAAAUCCGAAUACAUAUCUGGACCAUUUCCGACAGUUCUUUGGCAUUGGCCCAGUGUCAGAGUCAGCCUUGCGUUAUUAAACUUUUACACUUUACACUGUCGUCUAUUAUACAUUGUAUUUUGCGGUGUUGACUAUCAUCAUCUUUCUAUCUGCGAUACAUACUUCUGUGUCUCGUCAUUAUAUCAGCGAAACUAAAGAUUCUCUUCUCAUCAUCUGCAUGUUCAUUAUCAUUCGUGGCGAAUUAAAUGUGGGAUAUCUCGUGAAUACAUAUGAAGAACAAGCCUGUGUACUGAACUGUAUUGGAUUUAUUUAUGAAGGAGGAAGAAACCCGUGAAGCAAAAUUUGUUCGUGGAUUGGCAUAUAUUGACUGCUCAUACGUAGGAAAUCUACAACUACCUACACACUAUUAUUUUUCCGAGCAUUAAGGAGUUUUUGCAACGGAAGCAUCAUCAUCAACAUCAUCAUCAAAGUUGUCCCAGUUUUCUUGAAUGAAAAAACAUUAUUCCAUCGUCAACGUUGGUUUCUUUCUCUUCAUCGUUCUGGAGUUCCUGGGUAGCAAAUCACACUCAUCAAAUUAUUUAGAUUUCGUUCUUCUUCUUCUUCCCACUGAUCUGAUCUGAUCUAUCACUGGUUCCGGUCCAAAAUAAAUAUCCGACGACUUGUGGGAUUUCGGAUGUCUUCGUUGUUCCUCAAAUAAACCUUGAAUAACAACACGCGGUUGUUGUAACAUCCCAUUUUGUUCAGAGUGUUGGGAACAUGCAACGAUUGACUUAUCGAAAGUAGCACAGUUUAUUUUGAACGUACAAAAACCACGAAUCGUGCCGAGAUUCAAGGGAAGCAGAGAAAAACUGUGUGUGUCAAAAUAAGGUGAAUCAUCACCUGGGUAGCGUAACAUUAUCUGUGUGAAAGUAAAAGUGAAAGUGGAAAGCUGAGAUAAGAACACAGGAAAAAAUGGCAAGUGACGACGGGGCUAUUGUCAUACCGAUCCAGGUGGAAACGAGGGAAAGUGAGAUGGAUGAGUCAUCCACGGCUUUUUACUCUGAAUUUUCGAAUAAUUACGAGACCAGAGAAUAUAAUCCAAUGUUGUCGAAACCUGGGGCAAGAGUGAGCCUGAGCCAGCGAAGCCCUUUGGCAAGUCCGACAGGAAGUCGACCUGGAAGCCGCCAGCAGAAAAAUAGCAAUCAAGAAUUUGACGGAUAUUUGAAUGCUCUAUUAGCGGAUUUACAAACGACGGUAUCAUCUCCGCCAGGAAGUUUAAGUCGGUCUAGCGGAUAUUCAUCAACAUACAAUGGGACUUCAACAGGUCUUGCUAAGCAGAACGAAACAUUUGACUACAAUGUAGAACGAAGUGCCGUGGCACCGAACCGUGAUGCCUUGCGAGAGACUACAAGUACAAAGACUUUGUAUAGGUCUAAUAGUCCCCUGAUUAGAAACACUGGGAACAUGAGUGAGCUGGAUUCUCUUCUUCAGGACUUGAGUGCCACUUCCAAAUAUAGUCAAAAUUCGCCCGUUUCUGUUUCCAGAGAGCUUGUUUACAAUGGAAAUCGACCAAAUUCGAGGUCUUCUUUGGGGAGUCAUCAAGAGCGUCACACGACUGGUGAAUUUUUGGAAGAUUUAGCUAAUGGAGAUGAAACAGAUGGAAAGACGAGAAUUACAGUGGAGAGAAAGAUUCACAGGACAUUCUUAGGACCUGCUGCAUCCCCUGCCACCAGGGAACUCGACGACCUCAUGGCCUCUUUAAGCGACGCAAAGAUCAGAGACAGGGAAGAGAGCAGCCUUGUCCAGCAACCAAAGAAGGCCCAACAGUUGGAUUCUAUGCUUGGUAACCUCCAAGCAAGCAUGGAUAAAUCAGGAGUCAGUGCUACCCAAAAAGGGGUUUGUGCCGCGUGCAAUAAACCAAUUGUUGGUCAGGUGGUGACCGCUUUGGGCAAAACUUGGCAUCCGGAGCAUUUCUGUUGCGCCCAUUGUCGAUCAGAACUGGGGUCCAAGAACUUUUAUGAGAGAGAAGGACAGCCGUACUGCGAGGAUGACUAUCACCAACUGUACUCGCCCCGUUGUGCCUACUGCAACGGACCCAUCUUGGAUAAAUGUGUCACCGCCUUGGACACCAAUUUCCAUCCGGAACAUUUUUUCUGUGCCCAUUGUGGUAAGCAAUUUGGCCAGGAGGGAUUCCAUGAGAAGGAUGGGAAGCCUUACUGCCGAACGGACUACUUGGCCUUGUUCGCCCCGAAAUGUGGUGGAUGCAGCAAACCUAUCACUGAUAAUUACAUCACAGCGUUGAACGCUCAAUGGCAUCCAGAGUGUUUUGUGUGUCGGGAUUGUCGACAACCAUUCCAAGGGGGGUCGUUCUUUGACCAUGAAGGACAACCGUAUUGUGAGACCCACUACCAUGCUAAACGAGGCACGCUUUGUGCAGGAUGUCACAAACCAAUCUCCGGUCGAUGUAUUACAGCCAUGUUUAGAAAAUUCCAUCCUGAACAUUUUGUAUGUUCGUUCUGCCUUAAACAGUUGAACAAAGGAACAUUCAAGGAACAGAACGACAAGCCGUAUUGCCACUGCUGCUUUGAGAAGCUAUUUGGUUAAACCUAAUUAAUGGCAAUCAACAUCAAAAUGCCGUAGGAUUAUUCUCGCGUCAAGAAUGUAAAGCAGGAGAGAAAUUCGACGUUUGCGUUUGCGACUCACAACGAUUAAAUGAAAUUAGAAGGAAAUAUGUCAGCCAUAAAUCUUAACAAUAAGACUCUUCUUCUCACAGUUUGAAAUUGGCAACCAGCAGCAUCUACAUACAUUGUAUAUCUACUUACACUCUUAGAAUGUGGAAUAUUUUUAAAAGAUUCACUUAAUUAACUUGGUUGGUAUAUAAUACUUAAAAGUGUUGAUUAUAAAAGGAAUCUCUCUCCUCCUAAUUAACCUACCUAUAUUUAUAUUAUGUAGUUGUGGGUGUGUAGGAGAGUGCUUUCCUUGCUAAGAGCUAAUUUGAAUAAUAACGAUCUGCAACUUUUUGCAGUGAAUUCGGAUUAUUUUAGCAUUUUGACUCGGGUUACAUAUAGAAAACUGAGAUUCAACUUGAAUACCUCAUGCAUAAUAUUAAAUACAGUACGUAAAUGUCCCACGUCAGUCGUCUAUCUAUCAUUUAACUCCUCUAAAAUGUUUUUUUCUUUUGGUUUGUUUCAUUCCAAAGAGCCAAUCACUAUAUGAAAUAGAAUCAGAUAUUAAAAACGACACCUAAAUAUACAGCUUCCAUUUUUCAAAUAUUUACUCCAGUCUAAUGUAAGUAAUGUGUACUCGCAACGUAUAAAAGUUUCAAUUAGAACCAGGGAAAAUAUUAUAGAGAAUAAAAUUCCUACUAAUUCUUGUAUUGGUAAAUAGAUAUGACUGAUUGUCCAUGUGUGUUGCCUUAAUAUUUACAUUAACUAACCCACGCCUCUUGAGAUUAUCGACCCUCUACGAUUGCUUAGACAUUUACGUAAAGUUUCUUAACUCCCGCAAGCAUCGAAGAAAGUUUAAAAAGUACUAAAACCUAUAAUUUUUAAAGAAAUUGGCAACUUAUUGAAAUGCAGUAGCGAAUAAAAUCAAUCAUGUAUGUAACAUAGAUACGUGAUUGCUAAAACGAUGAUGGCGAUGAGUUUUCGGCGACUCCAAAAAUAAUAUAUUUUUCACAUAGGAAUGCCGUUUUUAGUUUUUAUCGAAUUCGCUUAAUCUACUGAAAGUGAAAGUGCGUGUUUGAAUGUAUGUGUAAAUAUAUAGGCAUUAUUUUAUUGUUAUCCUAAGAUUCACAUGGUGCAACUUAAUACAUUGGAUAUUGAUGUCAUCAUUUCUCUCAAAAAAGUCUUAAUUUGAAAUUUUGUAAAUCCGUAAAUUACAGCCUUACUUAUUAGACGUGAAUGUUUGGCAUCAAUCUUGUAUAAAUGUAUAGGUGCACAUAUAAGCGCAUAUUUAGCUAAUUCUAAUAAAACGGGAUUUUAACAAGAAAUAUGAUAGUAGUUUAAUUAACUUCGGUGGUUACCGUGCGUGUUUAACUUGAUAUAUUCAUAAUUUCAGUAUUUUCCAUUAAGCUAUUUUAUUCGAUUAAAGUUUUUUGCAAUACUUAAUCCUGGGAGAUGGUUCAUGCAUGUGCGAUAUGCAGUAGACAUUCGGUAAAUCUAUGAAUGCGUAUGAGUACAGAAAAGUUUAGUCUAUAAAAGAAAACAUAUGAUGAUAACUGUUAAUGCAAAAAAAUAUAGUAAUUCGACCAAACCAAGCUUUACAAGAAGUGAAAUGUGUCAUUGUCACAAUAUAUAAUUAUGUAGUAGUAAUUUUGGUCGUUGAGUCAUGGAGUCUAAUCAAAACUAAGGUACUAAAACAUAUUCAAUAGGAUUUUUAAUUUGUGUAUUUGUUUCAAAACUGAUGCAAAAAACAACUACUUACUUAUCGCAUUCAUCUCUUUUUAGUCUGUAAGUUUAUUUUAUCGUUGGUAUAUCUUCUAUCUGUUAUACUGUGUGUAUUACAAGAAUUUAAGGAAAUGUUUACAUCGUUUAAUCUAUAAUUUUAUAAUUUAGUUGAUAUUCUAAGCGUAAAAAAUAAUGUCGUCGAGACAGUUCUGGAAAAUAAAAGUACCUUGCUUACCA